AUGGGCCCGGGUGUGGGGCGUGGGGGGAGUGGGCGCACUGCACUUGCCGCUGCGGCUGCUCGUAGGGUUGGCGGUGGUGGGGGUCAUUCUAGGGUUGGCAUUUCUGCAGGCUCUCCUGCGGAACAGUUCAAGUGGAAAGCGGAUAUCGCGCCCAUGCCCGCGGCCGAGGGGAUGUUUCUUGAGUGGAUGGCAGAGCCACGUGUCGGGCUGCUGUUGGACCUGGAUGUGGUCAGAUGCCAGCUGGCAGAUAUGAUGAAGAUUCACGAUCUGGCAACAGCAAGAGGUGGUGCUACAGCCGGUGGUGGUGCUCCCAAGCACUUCUGGUGGUGCUGCUGGCAGUGCAGCGCGUGUUGGACCGCCUACCGCCGCUGCCUCUCUGUGGUGGUCUUCCUCGUGCUUGUAGCGAGACUUCCCCGUAUAGUCACACUCUGGCGCCUGCACAUGAAAUCCUGCUACGUGGCCUUCCCUGCUCUGGCGAAUCAGCUGAACGCGCGGAGGCAGAUCGGGGGGGUGGGGGGCAGGCAGGGGGAACGGCAGGCGAGUAGGCAGGCGGGGAAGGGGGGAGGGAGGCAGGUGGGUGGGGAAGCGGAGGAGGAUUGCUUUGGAUCGAUCCUGGUGCAGGUGCUUGGAGUGAAAGGAAAGAAGGAGCUGGCAUCCGGGUUUGCUGCUCAUGUGCUGCCUCUGCUGCCGGGGGGAAGGCAGGCGCACGGGGGUAUGAGAGCGGGGACGGGGAGAGGAGGGGGAGUAGGAGGAGGGAUUGGCUGGGUGGAAGGGGGGGAGGAGUGGAGGGAGGGGUUGAGAGGGGUGGAGUGGGAUGAGUAUGUGGAGCGCAUGGGGGAGAUUAUCUCCCAGGGGGGCCUGGAGGCUGAACAGUACAGGUGCAGCUGCAGGCAGUGCGGAGGAGACAACGAGGGUGUACGGGGGAGUGGGGAUGGAAGCAGCAGGCAUAAACACAGUGGCACUGCUGCUGGUGGUAGUGGUGGUGGUGCCGCCAGUGGCAUGGUCAUAACUGGCGUUGACCCGACUGACUUUGCUCUCCGGGCUGCAUUGACUCUCUGUGUGCCGCUCGCUGCUGUCUACAGCAUGCAAGCGUUUACCGGGGCAUGCAGUAACAGGUACAAGGAGCGCGUGGAGGACGCUGCUGUGGAGGCAGCCAGGCAGCGGCUGGCAGAGAGGGAAGAGAGGCUGGCAGAGAGGGCAGGAGAGGGAGAGAGGGCAGCAGGGCAGAAGCCGGCAGAGAGGCACGGAGGACAGGAGGGAGGUGGGGAGAGGAACAGAGAGGAUAGCGAAAGCACAGGGACGGGAGGAGCAGCGGCAGGUGCUGCUGGCACUACCGCUAGUGCCAGCGCUACUGCUGCCAGCGCCACUGCUAAUGCCCGUCUCGUGCCAGUCAUCAGUGACCCAGCAGUGGCACUCUUCACGUACCGAUCUGCCUGCCUCCUUCAAUGGGUGCGAGUCCACGGCCCCAGGCUCAACCCCCCCAGCUACUGCACCCGAACCAACCCGGAAGCCCCAGCCCUGGCGCUCCCGCACCCGGUGCACGACCUCCCGAGCCUGCUGCUCAGGUUCGGCGCCAUCCCCAAGCCUGUGGGCACGGCAGGUUCGGAAGGUUCUGCGGUGCAGGAGUUUGGUGUGGGAGGAGGGGUUCCGGGGUGGGAGGAGUUUCCAGUGGGAGACAGAGAGAACCUGAAGGCACAUAGCAGUGGCAGUGCUCUGGGAGGGAGGGAACGAGUAGAAGGCAUAGGAGGGGUGGAAGAGGGGACUGCAUGGCUUGCGAGUGGGGAGCUUUUGGGGCUGAAUACCUUUCAAACAGGCAGCUUCCGGGACUCUGUGUUCGACCGAGACGAGAUGCUGAAAGAAUUCAACGUUGGGUCGGCAAAGGGUCUGCAAGAGAGGGGGAUAGUCACGAGCCCAGUAGAGGGCGUGCAGGAGUAUCGAGCUGCCAGGGUUCUGAGUGACAGCAGCACGGCCACUCCCGCGUUCCCGACCGUUGCGGACCGCGUCGAGGAGUUUCUGAGAAGGUUCUCGCCGAAGCGGCUGGCGAAGGAGGGGCGGGGCGGGCCGCUGGCCCAAGCGAUCACCGACUGGGUGAUGCGCCUCCACCUGGUGGCAGCUGCAGAGAGUAGCAGCAGCAGCACAAGCAGGGGGGCAAAGGGAGAGAAAAGGGAUAUGAGCUGGGGGGCGCUGGCCCUGGGGGCGUAUUCCCCGGGCAAGUUAAAGCCCAUGCUGAGAUCCCCCUGGGAGGUGGAUGCGUUUCUGGAGUUCAUGGUGGGCAUGACCACCCUCACGCCCGCCUGCACCGGCUGCAGCUUGUGUCUCAACGUGUUCAACCGGGCAGUUACUCCCGCCGCCGUUGUUGCCUCGUUUGCUUUCCGCCCCUCCUCAGUGCUCCUCCGCUGCAUCCUCUCGCUGUAUCCCCAGCGCUUCACUCCGAUGAAAGAGCUCCUGGACACGCUCGGAAUCCCUCCCCUGCCAGACCUGGUCCCGAACCGCCUCGUGGCUCCUCUUCUCGAAGGCGUGUUGGAGCACAAGCGCCUGCACUUCCUCUACACCACAGCCAUCCUGCUUCGGGGGAAGGAAUGGGAUCUGGUGGAUAGGAUGGUUGCUGCUGCUGCUGCUGGUGCCGCUGGUGCUGCUGGUGCUGCUGCUUCGGAGGCUGAGAGUGAGGUGGUAGGAGGGGUGAAAAUCGCGCCUGCGUACCUGGUGCCGUGGGUGGGGGGAGUGAACCCGUUUGCAUGCCUGCGGGAGAUGCUGCUGGGGGAGACGUGCUACUGGGAGCUGUCAGAUGGGCGGAGGGUUGGGGUGACACCUGGGGCAGGCUCGGGAGCAGGAGAAGCAGGAGGAGCUGUGGCAGCAGGAGGGGUGCGUUGCUGUGCCUUUCCCGAGUGUGGCAGGGCGGAGGGGCCGGGGAGGCUGCCAUUGAAGGCUUGCUCGCGGUGCGGCCAGGCUGCUUACUGUGGCAGGGACUGCCAGACGGCCCACUGGAAGGUGCACAAGUUGCAGUGCCAAGCCAAGUGA